AGAAGCAGCAUAAACCCUGGUUGGGGGCCUAAGAAUGAUCCCCAACUCUCCACUGCAAACCACCAGGGUCAGGAAGCCUCCGGAUAAUGCCCUCUCCCUCUUGUUUCGGUUUUUAAGUAGGUAAGCUGCACAGAGCAAAGCACUGUUGCAUAUUUCUGGACAGCUUAUUUCUCUUGCAGAGGAAGACUCAUAUACACAACUGAAAGGCAUUAACAUGGGAGAAGAUUUGAGGGAUUAGAAGGAUGGUGAAGGCGUGGUUGUCCAAAAUCCCCCUCUGAGGAGAGAUGAUUGAUAUCUGGCUGUCAUUACAAGAAGCUUCUGGUUGACAAAUACUGUCUGGUAUUUCCUUGCUGAUUUCUUACCCUCACACCGCAAGCCCUGAUCACUGUGGUCCACUGUGCAAAUGCAAAUUACCUGAAUCAGGCUGCUGGUGACUCACCAACUCCCCUUUAAAGCAACAUCAGGUUCAACGCAGUGACAGCUCAGCGUAGAAGCCAUGGCUUGCAGACACUGCUUCUCCUACUGGUUACUGGUCUGCUGGUUGGUGGUAACUGUGGCAGAAGCACUGUCCACUUUCUAUCUCCAGCAGCAUAGUAAUUUGCACAUGGACAAGAAGAGGUAUUUACCCCUCCUGGAGACUCACAAAAUAACGCAAACCCUACCGACUGCCAGAUCUUUACACUCACCCCUCCACCCGCCACGAGGAGUCCGGUCACAAGGGUCCAGCCCAUCACAAAGACACCUAGGUGUCCCUUCCAUUUUUUUCCACGAAGGCCCAGAAUCCAUUUUAGGUUUCCAAACAGACCUUUCCUGCCUUCAAGGUGUAACCACCGUUUUCCGUUCCAGCCAUUUUAUUGGCCACACCGUCGCCUUACUCCUUAUAGAUAUUUCCCCAGAAGAAGACUCCAGAGAGGAAGCUCAUCUGAGGAAAGCUGAGAGGGAAGAGAAACCCAAACAUACUGAAGCAAAAAAAGCAAUCCUUCAGAAAAAGCAACAAAAAGAUUUCUGUUUUAUCUGUCCAAACUAACUAUUGGAUAUGAAGAUUAAAUACCCUAAACACCACUGACUAGAAACUGUUCUCUUUGUCAGCAGUGAAGAUAUUGGAUCACAGGUUAUUGAUGUUUGCAAAAUUGGGCAAUAACCACGUUAUUUUUAUCCUCAACUUCUUACGGUCACAGGAUAUUUAUGCAAAUAAAAUCUUAAAAUGGG